AUAAACCAGCUUUUAUUUUUAGCUCCUAUCACCAGGAAACAGCAGCCAAAUGUGGUUAAACUGAUGCAGCCAGCAGUCAGUCAUCUUUCAGAUAACACACACACACACACUAAGUGUUAUAGGAGGUUUUGAAUAUUUGAGGGAAACUCAGAGCUUCUUCAGUCUAUGUACAGACGGUGAGACGGUGAGACAGACAGCUGUGAUGUGUGUGUUCAAGUGUGUGUGCAUGCUGCUGUGUGUGUGUGUGAGUGAGUGUGUGUAUCUGAACCUGCUGGAUGAGGCUAUGAUGUUCAGCGGACCGACAGGAAGUCUGUUUGGAUUCUCUGUUGACUUUCACACCAUCAACAACAGGUCCUUUAUCUUGAUUGGAGCUCCCAAAGGCAACACCAGCCAAUCAGGGGUGAUGGAGGGAGGGGGGGUAUUCCUCUGCCCUAUGUCACCUGGAGGCGGGACCUGUGACAUAAUCAACCUUGAUCUGAAAGGUGAUGAGGAAUACAGCAGCUCUGAUCUGUUCUGUCACACCUUUAAGAGUCAGCAGUGGUUUGGAGCUUCAGUUCGAUCAGUCAGCAGCACACACUUACUGGCGUGUGCUCCACUCUUUCAUUGGAAUGUUCAGAGGGGAGGGGCGGAGUCAGGGAAAACACCUGUGGGGAACUGCCUCCUAUUGGACCACAGGACAGGAAGAUCCACCUUCUUCUCCCCCUGCAGAGGAACCAUGAUCGAGGCUGACUACAGACACAUGAACAACAGAAAUGACCAACGCUACUGUGAGGUUGGCUUCAGUGUUGAUAUCACUAAGGAGGGUCGGCUGGUGCUGGGAGCUCCAGGGAGCUUCUAUUUCCAGGGUCAGAUCUUCACAGUGGGUGUGAGUGACAUCAUCAGCAGUUGGCAGAGUGACAAUCCCAUCCAGUUUGUGGGAGGCAUCAGUCAAUCAGAUGAGAGAGGAGGUUAUGACCUUUACCAUGGUUACUCUGUGGCCAGUGGUCUGCUGACUGGAGACUCCAUACCAGAUUAUGUGGUCGGUGUUCCCAAUGACAGAAACACAGCAGGAACAGUGAAGAUCUAUGACGGGAGGAGCAGUAGAUCAUUGAGUGUUUACCAUGUUUUCCAGGGAGCUCAGGUGGCGUCAUACUUUGGACACAGUGUGGCUGUGGCUGACAUCAACAGUGAUGGUUUAGAUGAUGUACUGAUCGGAGCACCACUCUACAUGGACCGGGUGAUGGAGCAGCUGCAGGAGAGAGGACAGGUGGUUGUGUACCUGCAGAGAAGACACUCCUCCUUUGCCUCCAAACCUGACCAAUCACUGAUUGGCUUCUCCUUGUACGGGCGGUUCGGCUCCGCUCUUGCUGUGCUGGGUGACCUGGACAUGGACGGUUACCACGAUGUAGCUGUAGGGGCUCCCUGGUCAGGCAACGAUGGGCGUGGCCAGGUGUUUAUUUAUCUGGGCAACAGUAAUGGUCUGUCAGCCACGCCCUCUCAGGUGAUUGACAGCCCGUUGCCUAGCAGCAGGACGGCGUUUGGCUUUACUCUGAGGGGAGGGGCUGACAUUGACGGGAAUGGAUACCCAGACCUACUGGUUGGAGCAUGGGCUGCAGACCGAGCUUUUGCCUACAGAUCCCGGGUAGUGAUCCGCUCCAGAAUUUCUCUCGCUCUACUUCCGGACUUCCUGAAUCCAGAUGUCAAACUGUGUCAUCAAGAAAACACACCUGUGCCCUGUUUUGUUAUCCAGAUAUGUGUCUAUGUGUAUGGUCACAGAAUCCCACAGGAGACAGCACUGGGGCUGGAACUACAGCUGGACAAGAUGAAGCAGCCAAUGGCACGACGGACACUGCUGUUGUCGACCAAUCAGCCACAGGAGAUGAUAAAGCUGAUGGUUCAGAGGGAGGUGGGCGUGGCCUGUGUGAAUCAGACCGCCUACCUUAGGUCUGAAGAGGAGGUCCGGGAUAAAUUGAGUCCGAUAUUCAUCACUACCAACAUCAGCCUCCUCAACACUACCCAGCAUGCUUUGCUUCAUGGACAGACACACGCUGCUGCACAGACCAGGAUCAUUCUGGACUGUGGAGACGACAACAUCUGUGUUCCUGACCUGAAGCUGAGCGCUGAGCCUGUGUCAGACAGUGUGUUGGUCGGUGAGGAUCAGUCAGUGUUGUUGUCGGUGUCGGCAGAAAACAAUGGUGAGGGAGCAUACGAGACUGAGCUGGUGGUCCAAGUUCCUGAACACACACACUUCCAGAGCAGCAAGGGUGUAAACAGACUGGUGUGUGUUCAGAGGAAGGAGACUCAGACCAUCGUUGUGAUCUGUGACCUCGGCAACCCCAUGAGACAAGGACACACACUGCAGACAGGUCUUCUGUUCAGUGUCGGUCGUCUCGACGAGGUGGAGAGUCAUAUCACCUUCAACCUCAGAAUCAGGAGUAAGAACUCGGUGAACACGAGCAGUAACAAGGUCACAGUGAAGGUUCAGGUGAGAGCUGAGGCGACGCUGGAGAUCAGAGGUGGCUCAUCCCCUCCAGAAGUUGUCCUGUCCCUCCCUGGCUGGCAGCCUGCAAUGCAUCCUGGGAGUUUAGAGGAAGCGGGUCCACUGGUGGAGCAUGUUUAUGAGUUGAGGAACCAAGGCCCGAGUGCAGUCAACGCCCGGCUGACGGUGGACUUCCCCUCCACCUGGCGACAUCACUUCCUACUCUACAUCUUCUCCAACGCCUCUGAAGAGUCACUGAGCUGCUGGACCCCGAAUGCAUCGCAGAUAGACCCCUUAAAGCUGGUUGGUAAUUCCUCCAGUGUGUCUGUAGUUUCUCCGUUGAUCCAGCAGGAGGAGACAAACUCAAACAGACAAACUAUCAAUGUGAACUGCAGCAGCAUCGAGACGGGGUGUGUCAGGUUUGUGUGUGAUGUCAUGGUGUUGGGGCGGGGCUUCAGUGCUGUCGUCAGAAUCUCAGCCCGACUGUGGACACCAACACUAAUACAGACUCCGUACAUGAACUAUGAGCUUGUUUCCUCUGCCUCCUAUGAUGUCAUCAAUGCAUCAUCAAAAGUCCAACCAAUGCUGCUGCCGAGUGGACACACACAGACUCAGGUCAAUGUGAUAUGGCGUUCACCUGAUGGAGAAAAAGAUGUUCCAAUUGGUUACAUCGUCCUGUCAAUAAUCUCUGGACUCCUUCUCCUGGGCCUGCUCUGUUUCAUCUUCUGGAAGCUGGGUUUCUUUCAGCGAACUCGCCCCCCCACUGAUGAUGAUGAGAGUGAUUAUGAAGAGCAGCAGCUGGCUGAGGAGAGUCACAUGACUGAAUAACACACACACACGCACACACGCACACACAUACACUCACUCUGUCACAUGACAUUGGACACGAACACACGAUGAUUGUGUGAGGACAGUCUUUAUUGUCCCAGUGGAGGUUUGUUUCACACACAGAGCAGCUUCCACACAUUGGAUUUAAUCACAAACAGAAACUGAUUACUUGGUCGGUGGAGUUCACACCCUUCUGGGCCUGUGGCCUCUUUAAAUGGAACCUGACACAGGUUGUGUACACAGGGACGGGUUUACAUACCUUUCAAGUGGGGGGGGGGCAAGAGGAUGGGGGCACAUUCAUAGAAGCAGCAAGACUGCCAGACUGAAAGAGACUCAAAACGGCUACAAAUGAUACUGCUGCAUCUUUGUAGGGGUUUUGAUUAUCAGUCCCUUCAUACAGAGGUUCUGAUUCAUUAGCAAAUAUCUUUCCCCUUCUUAGUCUGGUAGGGGGACCAGGGACAGAUUGCAGGGUGGGCCUGUUCCAACACUCUGGACCCCCCACCCCCUGUAUAUGUCUGACCUGAAUAGGUAAAGUUACAGGAAACCACCAAACAAAGACAAGUAAACCGGUGGAUUCACUUCUCUCCUGAGUCAGUCACUUAUAAUUUUAUUGAUCGAGUUUGAUCAGAUUUCAUGUUACUGAAAGUUUUAAGCUCAAGUUAAAUCUGUCUGUUGAAAAGGUCAUCAGGGUUUUUUAAUGUCAGAUUAAUUUUCUUCUAAAUGCUCUGAUUUUAAUAACAAAUAACUGUUUCAUCACAAAUUUUGAUUUUCUUAAAGAAUUAACAUGUUCUGUAUUUAACUCUUUAAACCAAAUAAAUGUUAUAAACAGAUCGUUGAACAGCUCAAAUUCAAUCUGUCUAUCAGUUGUUGCUUCCAUUUCUACUGCUGAACACUUGUUAUAAUAAAUUUAACAUGGAAAUAUAGUUUGCAAACAUAAUCAGUGGUUUUGUCUUCUGUUGUGGACUCUGAGUCAGAUCCAUGAAAAACAUGUGGGCUGUGAAUCAGAAGUUUUAGUGACUCUCAGACCAUGUCUUCAUGAAGACCUCUUCCCAGGUGGUUUUAGAAAAGAGCUCUUUCCAUAGUCAAACACCUGAACCACAUCAAAACAGGUAAAUCUCUUCUUCUUCAGAUUCUUUUCAAUUACAAAUGACAAAACUGCAUCACAGACAGACAGACAGACAGCUGAUAACAUCUGUAUUUUACCAUCGCAUGCGAGUCAUCAAAUCUAACAUCAAGACAGUCGAUAAAAAAUAAGGAUAAUAAAAGAGAAAUAAUUAAAAACAAUAGAAAAGCAGGAGAAAUGAAGCAAAUCACCAGCGAGGAGCUGCAAAUGUUUUCAGACUGACAGAUGGAGCUCA